GUCCGGGUCUGGCCUUCAUUGCGUAUCCGAAGGCUGUCAGUCUGAUGCCGGUGGCUCCGCUGUGGGCGGCGCUCUUCUUCUUCAUGCUGCUGCUGCUCGGACUGGACAGUCAGUUUGUCGGGGUGGAGGGUUUUGUUACUGGAAUCCUGGAUGUGUUUCCUGGAAAGCAGAACUUUCGCUACAAACGGGAGAUCUCGGUGGCGAUAUGCUGCUUACUGUGCUUCAUUAUCGACCUCUCCAUGGUGACGCAGGGAGGGAUGUACGUCUUCCAAUUGUUUGACUACUACUCGGCCAGUGGAAUGACUCUGUUGUGGCAAGCAUUCUGGGAAUGCAUAGUAGUUGCCUGGGUCUACGGUGCUGACCGCUUCAUGGACGAUGUAGCUCGUAUGAUUGGCUACCGGCCUUUCCCCUGGAUGAAGUGGUGCUGGUCCUUUAUAACUCCAUGUGUCUGCAUGGGCAUCUUCCUGUUCCACCUGGUGAACUACAAGCCGCUGACCUACAACAACGUGUACGUGUACCCGUGGUGGGGCGAGGUGAUUGGCUGGUGUCUGGCUCUGUCCUCCAUGCUCUGCAUCCCCGUCACCCUUCUCUACAAACUCUUCAGAGCCAAGGGAACCUUCAAAGAGCGCUGGGCUCACCUCACCUGUCCGGUGUGGGGGCCACAUCACCUGGAGUACAUGGCCCCCGACAUCAAGUCCCUCAGCUCGCUGUCGCCCGGCACCGACGACAACAAAGUCAUCAUCUUUGAGAGCGUCAUGUAGGCUGGACUCCACCAAUCACAAUGCUCCAUCUCCAUCCAUCCAUCCCACCUGCGACAAGAUGCCCUGCAACACCUAACCACCACACUUCAGAUUUACCUCCAGGGUUCAAAAUUAGCACCAUUUACCAUUUGCCAAAAUGCUGGUAAAAUAUGCAAGUGGCUGGUAGCUUUGCUUCACUCACCGGCCCAAAAAAAAACCAAUGGUAAUCUACUGUGUGGCUGGUGAAAUUUGAACUUUCACUAGCCGUUUGGCUAGUGGACAAAAAGGUUAAUUUUGAACCCUGUUUUACCUCCGUACCGGACCUCAGCGUGACGGAUCAGCCCCUCAGCUCAUCAAAACAUCACCAAAGCUACCGAGAUGUUUAAGAGAAUCAAACAGCUCCUCCAGGACGGUUUUUAUAUCUAAUAAAUCCCAGCAGUAACAAAUGAAAAUCCUACUUUUUCACCCAGAAAAAAAACACAAAAAUGUGAGAUUAAAAACCAGCAGAUCACUCGGUUCUUUAACUGGAAAAGGGCUUCGACUCCUCUGGUUCUCAAUACAGAAAAAGAAAAUGUAAAUAUUAUUUUUUUUCACAAAUGUCAAAACCCUGGAGGAGCUGAAGAAGAAGAAGUUUGGACAGAUUUCGUUCAAAACGCUGCUGAACGUUGGGCUUUCUCCAUGUUGGAUGAAGAGUAUUAAUGCAAUCUUGUCUUUGGGUGGGCGGGUUGGACACACACACACACACACACACACACACACACACACACACACACACACACACAACCUCAUUAAGUACGUUUACAUGCAUACUAAUAUUCCACUUUUUUUCCGAGUUUGAUGCAGGCCUUGUAAACAGCAUAUUCUGUUUGGAUAUUUAGAAUAAGAUCUUUUUCCAUAUACAGCAUUUUCAGACUUAACCCUUGUGUUGUCCUUGGGUCAAAUUUGACCCUUUUUCAAAGUUUUUAUAACAGAAAUAUGGGUUUCUUUGAACCAAAAUGUCCAAAAAUAACAUGGAUGCAUGGAUGUACUCUUUGCACAUAAAAGGAAUGAUUACUUUUAUUGAA